AUCUCUCUCCCUCUCUCUACAAAAUUCUCUCCCACCCGACAAGCAAUGCAUCAUUCACUUUUUCAAAAACAAAUAUAAAAUUUCUGACCCUUCUCUCUCUGUCCCUCUUUGUACUUUCUCUUUAUUUUUCUGGGUUUCUGUGCAUUUUAUUUUGAUCUAUUAUUUAUUUAUUUAUUUUCAUAAUGGAGGGUGAAACUGAAACCUCCACUGAUACAACCAACAACAUUUCCAACACACAUUCAUCAUCUUCACUUGUUGUUUCUCACAACAACAAAAACAUCAAAUUUACAACCUUUUUAAGAAAAAUGAUCUGGGAAUUUGGUUUUUUAUGUAUUGGAAAAAACCCUUCAAAAAGAAACUUUAGUAGUGAUGACAAAAACGAUGAAAAUGGUGACAAAAGGAUGAACUUGGAGCACAACAAAGCUUGGUUGUUAGCUGAGUCUGGUGGGUGUGGAGCAGAAUUGAACAAUGCUGAACCUCAAUCUGUUCAUUCUUCUUUCAGAUUUAGUUUCUGUUCUCAAGUUGAGUUGGAGUCUUUGAAUUUGAAUUCUUCUUCUGCUGCAACUGUUUUGAUGGUGAAUUUGGAUAAUGGAGUUAGUGAAUCUCUUGUUAAAGAGUUGAAAUUGAGGAGAAUUGAGUCUUUGGAGAAGACUAUUUCUCCUGUUUCUCACUCUUUGAUUAGGUUUAGCUAUGGUGAAAUUGUCAAUGCUACUAGGAAUUUCUCCAAAGGUAGGGUGUUGGGGAGAGGUGCAUUGAGCUGUGUUUAUAGGGGAAGAGUUGGACUUUUGAGAACUGUUGUAGCGAUUAAACAGUUGGACAAAGAAGAUAAGGAAUCUUCGAAAGCCUUUUGUAGAGAAUUGAUGAUUGCUAGUUCUCUUCAUAAUCCAAAUGUUGCUCCUCUUGUUGGUUUUUGUAUCGACUCUGAGGAAGGUUUGUUUUUGGUGUACAAGUAUGUCUCAGGUGGAAGCUUGGAGCGACACUUGCAUGGGAGGAAGAAAGGUUCAACACUUCCAUGGUCUGUGAGGUACAAGGUUGCAAUUGGGAUUGCUGAAGCUAUAGCUUAUCUGCAUAGUGGAACUGAAAGAUGCGUUGUUCAUAGAGACAUUAAACCGUCUAACAUUUUGCUUUCUUCUAAGAAGAAUCCAAAGUUGUGUGAUUUUGGAUUAGCAACAUGGACAUCUGCACCUUCAGUUCCUUUCCUAUGUAAAACUGUUAAAGGAACAUUUGGAUAUUUGGCUCCAGAGUAUUUCCAACAUGGAAAAAUAUCCGAUAAGACUGAUGUUUACGCUUUUGGAGUGGUUUUAUUGGAACUGAUUACUGGCCGGAAACCAAUUGAACCAAAAAGGUCUCCAGGAGAGGAGAAUUUAGUCUUAUGGGCUAAACCUUAUCUACAAAAGGGGAAAGGAGCCAUUGAAGAGUUGAUUGAUCCUCAACUGAAGUGCAAUUUGCGAUACUCAAAUCAAAUCGGUAGAAUGAUCGAAGCAGCUGCUGUUUGUGUAACAAAUGAAGAAUCUAGGAGACCUGGCAUACAUGAGGUUAUUGCAAUACUGAAAGGUGAAGAAGAACCUGUUUUCUCUAAAAGAAAAAAGUCGAGUUUUCUUGGGAAUGGAUCUGUGAUUGAUUGUUAUUCUCAAUUACAACAAUCGAGCGAGAUGAAAAGUCACUUGGCUUUGGCAAUGCUAGGAGUUUCAGAGUUUGAGGAUGAUGAUUAUCUCUAUGUAUGUUAAAACAUGAUUACAAAACUCAAAAUAACUUUAGUUUUUGACAUGAUUUUCUCUAGAUUGCUAAAGGUUAGAUGUGAGGAAGUUGAAGUUGUAAAUAGAAAUAGGAGCUGAGAUGAAGAUUGUUUGUGUGUAGAUAUCUUUCCUUUACCUUUUCCUUUUCUCAAAGGUUAUAAAAUGAUAGAUUUUCAUA